AUGGUGCCCCAGCUGGCGCCCGCCCGCGCGCGGUGCCCGACAUCUCGCACUGCUGUGCGACUCGCCUCGUCCGUCGCCCGCUUGCUCGCCCGCCCGCGCCAGGGCGAGCGCGUCUGCGUCGACGGCUGGGUGCGUUCCGUCCGCAAGCAGAAGCGCAUUGCUUUUGCGGCCCUGGGCGACGGCUCGACGCUGUCGCCGCUGCAAGUUGUUCUGCCUCCGGAUCUUGCCAAAGACCUCACCACUGGUGACGCCGUCUCCAUCGAAGGCGAAUGGGCCGAAUGCCCCCCCGGCAAGCAGCAGUCGCACGAGCUGCACGCCCACAGCGUCCGUGUUCUGGGCCAGAACGACUCUGCUGUGAGUAACAGAGAAGCCGCCGUGCCUGUCCGCCUGCUGAUUGCUGCGUCACUGCAGGCCUAUCCUUUGCAGAAGAAGUACCACAGCCCAGAGUUCCUGAGGACUCUGCCGCAUCUGCGCACACGAACCCCUUUCAAUUCCUUGCUGCUGCGUCUCCGCUCGCAGCUCAUCGCCCACGUCACCAGCUUCUUCGCCAAGCAUGACUUUGUCCAGACGCACCCGCCCAUCAUCACCUCCUCGGACUGCGAGGGGGCCGGCGAGGUCUUCACCGUGCUCCCCCAGUCUGAUCUGCCGCAAGCUGACCCGGCCCUCAAACCGGCCGACCCUUUCUUCCGCUCACCAAAGUAUCUCACCGUGUCGUCUCAACUGCACCUGGAGGCCCUGGCGCAGUCUGUUGGAAAGGUCUGGACGCUGUCGCCGACCUUUCGGGCGGAGAAAAGCGACACGCCCCGUCACCUGAGUGAGUUUUACAUGCUCGAGGCUGAAGUCUGCUUUGUCGAAAGGCUGGACGACGUCAUGGACGUGGUUGAGAACUUGCUGCGCGAGAUUGCCACGAAUUUGACAAAUUCAACCAUUGGCAGAGAGCUCCUACUGGCUCGGUCUGCCGACUGGACGAAGGAUGAUGAGGCCUCGAGCAUUACGUCGCAGGCGCUGUUGCAAAGGUGGGAGAGCCUGUGUAAGGGGCCGUGGCCCCGGAUAACUUACGCAAAGGCUAUAUCAGUCCUUCAGGAUGCCGAAAGUCGGGGCGCUGUAAACUUCAACUUCAAAGCCUCGUUCGAAGAUGGGCUGCAGGCGGAGCACGAAAGGUUUCUGGCCGAAGAUAUCGGGCAGGGUGGUCCGGUGUUCGUAACGGAUUAUCCCCGCGCCGUGAAACCGUUCUAUAUGGCACCCUCGGCCCAGGCGCCCGGAAAUGAUACGGUUUCCUGUUUCGAUCUCCUGGUCCCGGAGGUAUGCGAACUGGUAGGCGGGUCGAUGCGUGAGCACCGUCUACCCGAGUUGCUGGCUGCCAUGGAUGCCCAUGGCUUGCAACGGCCAGACCAGCCCAGCCCCGCACCUGACGCUGAAAGCUCGAGCGAAGCAACCGUCCAGCUUGAUCCAGCAGCCGCGAAGAACCCUGGCAAUCUGCAGUGGUAUACAGAUCUCCGCAGGUUCGGUAGUGUUCCUCAUGGUGGAUUUGGCAUCGGGUUCGACCGACUUCUGUUAUACUUAUCUGGUGUCUCCAACAUCCGGGAUGUUGUCGGAUUUCCCAGAUGCAUGCGCUAG